GGAGCGUUGCUAUGGACACGCUCUAAUGAGCGUCUGUUGUGUAAACGUUCUUCUGGUAUGGCGGGCAGAACGGCGGGCGCCCAUUGUUGCUGUGCUGUUGCAGGGCGCUGCACCUAGACGUAAACACGAGGGACGGGGCGGGAGCCGCAGCUCCAGGCGCCUCCCCAGUGUGUGUUGGUGGCCGUAACCCAGUAACAGAGUGUCCCUGCAGCCAGAGCUAGGAGGUCUGCCCGGUACAUUGUGAGAAGAGCUGCUCUUCAGGAAAUGGCAACAGUGCGAAGACCUGGCCUGGGUGCUGCCCAACGCAAGAAAACUGGCGCAAAGCCCGAAUUAACGGAAGAACAAAAGCAAGAAAUCCGUGAAGCCUUUGACUUGUUUGAUACAGAUGGAACUGGCACAAUUGAUGUCAAGGAACUGAAGGUUGCUAUGCGUGCCUUGGGUUUUGAGCCAAAGAAGGAAGAAAUGAAGAAAAUGAUCUCUGACAUUGAUAAAGAUGGCUCUGGCACUAUUGACUUUGAAGAUUUCUUAGCUCUAAUGACACAGAAAAUGAGUGAGAAGGACUCUAAAGAGGAAAUCAUGAAGGCUUUUCGACUGUUUGAUGAUGACGGCACAGGAAAAAUUUCCUUCAAAAACUUGAAGAGGGUUGCCAAGGAGUUGGGAGAGAACCUUACUGAUGAGGAAUUGCAGGAAAUGAUUGAUGAAGCAGACCGCGAUGGGGAUGGAGAAAUUAAUGAACAAGAAUUUCUUCGGAUUAUGAGAAAAACCAGCCUUUAUUAGUACAUAACAGGGAAUGCCAA